CAGGCACUGGUGUUCUCGGUAACAAUUACAGUAUUUCGUAUUAUAACCGAAAUAUUUUAAAUAUCAGUUACUUUUUUUUCUUUUUGUUAGUUAAAGUAAACUCAACAAAUAUCAGAUCGACAACAAUUGUACAAUAUACAAAUGAAGAGUGAUUGAUUUGACUGUUGUACCGAAACAAAUUUGAAACGUUCCAGUCUGAAGUGUGUAGCUAGCUCGAUAUAACUGUCAAUCUGGGUGUAGAAAUUUAUUUGUAAUUUUCACCGGUUCUCAUGUGCAAUUUCCGAAUGUGUUAGACUAUUUUUAAACUAUUGUUUCUUACGAAAUAAUGUUAUUUAGUGUAUGUGGUGCAUAAAGCUGUGCAAAAAUGGAUGACGGUUCUGUAAAAAUCCAGUCAGGGAUCAACAUCAACAUAAAAAGAACAGAUGGACGCAUUCACUCGGCGAUUGUUUCCGGGGUGAACCUGGAGACAAGGUCGGUGACGGUAGAAUGGUACGAGCGUGGAGAGACGAAGGGCAAGGAGGUGGAGAUAGACGCCAUCCUCGCCUUGAACCCUGAGCUCGCUGGCCAGAGGAACCACACGCCACACCUCCAGCCCAUGCCCAACAAACUAGCCAGGGAUAUGACACGGCAGUCUAUACCGGUCGCAACUAAAGCGCCGUCGCGGGUGACCCGCAACAACCAGAUGCGGUUGUCGAACGCGGGCGGGUACACGAACGGGCACGGCGGCGAUACGACGGGGCGGCGCGGCGCGGAGAACGUACCGCCGCCCCAGGCGACGCAACCGCCUCCAAACUCGAGGGUAACGCAACAGCAAGCGCCGGCGUCGGGCGGCCGCAGCCGCGCCGCUAGUACGCCGAGCGCGGCCUCCGUCGUGCAGCCCUUACAGGCGCCCGGGCGACGCUUGCAUAACGUCAAAGAGAUCAGUAUCGAUGUGCGCACGUGUCGCCAGUUCAACCCGCCGGUGUCGGCGGCGCGCGCGGGCGCCGUGGCCAGCGCGGUGUCGGUGCCGCACGCGGUGGCGUCGGGCGCGGUGCGGCGCUCCAACGUCGUCAAGGAGGUCGAGCGCCUCAAGGAGAACCGCGAGAAGCGGCGCCAGCGGCAGGCCGAGCUCAAAGAGGAAAAGGAAGCCCUAAUGAACAUGGACCCCGGCAACCCUAACUGGGAGUUCCUAGCCAUGAUCCGAGAGUACCAGAGCAGCAUCGAGUUUCGACCACUGACGGGCAGCGAGCCAGUUGAGGACCAUCAGAUAACCGUUUGCGUUCGCAAGAGACCUCUCAACAAGAAGGAGAUAGCUAAGAAAGAGGUGGACGUGAUAAGUGUUACGACAAAAGACCAGAUAAUUGUUCACGAGCCGAAAAACAAAGUGGAUCUCACAAAAUACCUCGAAAAUCAGAAAUUCCGAUUCGAUUACGCCUUCGACGAGUCCUGCACUAAUGAAGUUGUUUACAAAUAUACGGCCAAGCCGCUGGUGCAGACGAUUUUCGAAGGCGGCAUGGCAACGUGUUUCGCGUACGGACAGACCGGCUCCGGAAAGACACACACCAUGGGCGGAGACUUCCAGGGUAAAAUGCAAGACUGUAAGAAGGGUAUCUACGCGAUGGCGGCGCGGGACGUGUUCACGUACCACAAGUCGCCCAAGUACAAGCCACUCAACCUCAUAGUUUCAGCAACUUUCUUCGAAAUAUACUCUGGGAAGGUGUUCGACCUGCUGGGCGAGAAGGCCAAGCUGCGCGUGCUGGAGGACGGCAAGCAGCAGGUGCAGAUCGUGGGGCUCACGGAGAAGGUGGUGGACACCGUGGACGACGUGCUCAGGCUCAUCCAGCACGGGAACGCGGCGCGCACGUCCGGACAGACGUCCGCCAACUCGAACUCGUCGCGCUCGCACGCCGUGUUCCAGAUCGUGCUGCGCUCGCCCGGCACGCACCGCCUGCACGGCAAGUUCUCGCUCAUCGACCUGGCGGGCAACGAGCGCGGCGCCGACACGUCCUCCGCCAACCGGCAGACGCGGAUGGAGAGCGCGGAGAUCAACAAGUCGCUGCUGGCGCUGAAGGAGUGCAUCCGUGCGCUGGGCAUGAAGGGCAACAACCACCUGCCCUUCCGCGUGUCCAAGCUCACGCAGGUGCUGCGCGACUCCUUCAUCGGCGACAAGUCGCGCACGUGCAUGAUCGCCAUGAUCUCGCCCGUCAUGUCCUCCUGCGAGCACUCGCUGAACACGCUGCGCUACGCCGACAGAGUGAAGGAGUUAGGCACGUCCGAGGGCACCAGAGGACGCGCGGAGUCCCCGCAGGCUGAUGUCGAGAUGGAACCCGCGCACGAUGACCUAGCGCAUCUACGGUCACUGAACGAAGGUGACAUGUCAGCCGAGAUGUACACGUUCCACGAGGCAAUCGACGAGCUACAGCGCGCCGAGGAGGAAGUAUUGGACAACCACAAGGCCAUCUCCGACUACAUGCAGCACGCGCUGCAGCGCUGCUCCGCGCUGCUGGCGCUCACGCGCGACGUGGACUACGACCAGGACGCGUACGCGACGCAGUGGGAGGAGUUACUAAACGAACAGUUGGCAGUGUUAGCGCAGUCGCGCGAUCUCGUGGCCGAGUUCAGAGCCAAGAUGCAGCAAGAGGAGCACAUCUCGCGCCGCAUCCAGCCCAGACACCACUAG